CUUUUUGCUUUGUAGUCUUGGACUAGUCUGAUGAAUCUGCUUUCAUUUUGUUGGAUUUGAUGUUUUGUUUCGGCUAAAUCUCAUUUCAAUUAAAACCCCCCUAAAAAUCAAUAUUUUUUAUAAAAGGUUGUAUCUUUCAUUCAUUUUUAAGCACAAACUUGUAGAUCAUACAAGUUUGUACUUUACAUUGAUUUCCUUUUUGGGUACUUAAUCAUGUUCAUCUCUCGUUGACUUCAUCAGUCUCCUCCCCCCAAAAAUAUAUAUCAAAAAUCAAACCCCAGGAAAAUAAUUCUUAUUUCUAUCACGGGUUAAAUUAUGUGGAAACUAAUCAAGGAGAAAGAGAUGGUGAGGGGAAAAACUCAGAUGAAGCGAAUAGAGAAUGCAACAAGCAGACAAGUCACUUUCUCUAAACGAAGGAAUGGUUUGUUGAAGAAAGCUUUUGAGCUCUCAGUGCUUUGUGAUGCUGAAGUUUCUCUGAUCAUCUUCUCUCCUAAGGGAAAACUUUAUGAGUUCGCCAGCUCCAAUAUGCAAGAUACCGUAGAUCGUUAUCUGAGGCACACCAAGGAUCGAGUCAGCAGCAAACCGGUUUCGGAAGAAAAUAUGCAGCAUUUCAAACAUGAAGCAGCAAACAUGAUGAAGAAAAUUGAACAACUUGAAGCGUCCAAACGUAAACUCUUGGGAGAAGGCAUUGGAUCAUGCUCGAUUGAGGAGCUGCAGCAAAUUGAGCAACAACUCGAGAAAAGUGUCAAAUGUGUUCGAGCAAGAAAGACUCAAGUGUUUAAGGAACAAAUUGUGCAGCUCAAGCAGAAGGAGAAAGCUCUAGCUGCAGAAAACGAGAAGCUCGCUGAAAAGUGGGGAUCUCAUGAAAUCGAAGUUUGGUCGAAUAAGAACCAAGAAAGUGGACGAGGUGACGAGGACAGUAGCCCAAGUUCUGAAGUAGAGACACAAUUGUUCAUUGGGUUACCUUGUUCUUCAAGAAAGUGAAGCAACUACUAUUCUAAGAACAACAAAAACAAAACAAAGCAAAAAAAAAAACUAUAUGCAAAAACGGGUUAGCAGUGAGUGUAUAAGGACAAGUAACAAAACUCUUAAGCUGCUUCUCUUGUUGUCUUCUUUCUCUCUCUCUCACUCUCUUCUUCAAAACUGAAUUGCCUGUGGUAUGUAUCUAUGUUCUCAAUUUCUCAUACACUUGCCUUUUCUAGAAUCUAAGAGCAUGAUUCUAAAA